ACACACACACAGGUGUGUCAGUCUAUAAAAGCGGCUGAGUGAGACACAGAGGAGUUAUAGAGGAGUUAUAGAGGAGUUAUAGAGGAGUUAUAGAGGAGUUGUGUUUAAUUCUCCAGGAUGAAGACUCUGAUUAUUCUACAGAUCACUGCAGCAUUAGCAGCCAUGUGUUUGGCACAGCAGGAGUGUGUGAGCGGGGCGUGUUAUCCUCCACUGGGUGAUUUACUGACAGGCCGAGAGAUUGAACUCAGAGCCUCGUCCACAUGUGGUCUCACCGGCAUCGAGGUGUUCUGUACACCCUUAGGACAGUGGAAAAUGAGGUGCUGUCCAUGUGACUCAAGAACUGCAGAAGGUCGAAACUCACACACAAUCCAGAACGUUCUGGGUCCAGCAGGAACUGAGCGCUGGUGGCAGAGCAAGAAAGAUGUGACGUCUGUCACUAUAGAGUUGGACCUGAAGCAGCUGUUUCACAUCAACAACCUACUGUUGUACUUCAAGGGUCCCAGGCCAGAUGCUCUGGUGAUUGAGCGGUCAUCUGAUUUUGGGAGGUCAUGGACUCCGGCUAUCUACAUGGCCACUGACUGUGAGUCCACUUUUCCUCACGUCCAAGCAGUGACCUCUGACCUCAACAACCCCCACUGCUACACACUGCCCUCUAACACCCAUAGCCCCUUCCAGGACCAGAGGGUGUAUUUCCACCCUCUGCUGCAGUACUCCAGCGUUCCUCUCCCACAUGAACAUAAGACUGAGAUGCUGUCAGGUUAUACAGGGCUGCGUGUGAACCUGACUCAGUUUGGGGCGGUGCCCUACACACCUGGCCGACACCCAUCACGCUUCUAUGCCCUGAAGGAAAUAAAGCUGACUGGCUCUUGCUUCUGCCAUGGCCACGCUGACCGCUGCCUUCCUGACCCCACCUCCAAAGACCUGCCCAACACAGAGGUAUAUAGUACAUGUGACUGUCAGCACAAUACUGCAGGUGUGAACUGUGAGCGCUGUGCUGACCUUUACAACGACCAGCCAUGGCAACCAGCAGAGAGAGACAACACACACACUUGCAAACGUUGUGAGUGUAAUAACCAUGCCCAUCGUUGCCACUUUGACCCCGAGCUGUAUGAGGUCAGCGGCCGGAGGAGUGGAGGAGUGUGUGAGGAGUGUACACACCACACAACAGGAACACACUGUGAGCGCUGCACUGACAACUACUACAGGAACCCCCGGAGCAACAUGCAGAGACCUGAUGCAUGCUUACGGUGUGAAUGUGACAGUGCGGGGUCAGAGGUGAGGCGUCAGUGUGAUGAGGUCACAGGGGCGUGUCACUGUAAGGAGAAUGUAGAAGGAGCGCGCUGUGACCGCUGUAAACCUGGAUACUUUGACCUCAGCAGUCUGAACCCACGUGGCUGCUCCAAGUGCUCCUGCAGUGCACUUGGUUCCCUUCACAGUGUGUGUGACGCAGUGACCGGUCAGUGUGUGUGCAAGCCCAAUAUGGUGGGCAGCUCAUGUGACCGGUGUGCUAAAGGAUUCUGGAACUUGUCAUCAGGAUGUCAGCCAUGUGACUGUGACCUCACCAACAGCAUGGGCAGCACCUGUGACCAGGUAACAGGUCAGUGUGUGUGUCGUCCUGGUUUUGGGGGUCGCACCUGCAGCAGCUGUCCAGAAAACACAUAUGGAGACAAACUAACUGGCUGCAGACCAUGUGUAUGUGACCGUGUGGGUAGCGUAUCGGGGGGCUGUGACCGUCGUACAGGUGUGUGUGUGUGCAAGCCAGGUGUGGUAGGGGACAGGUGUGACAUGUGUGGGCGUGGUCACUGUGCUCAGUUCCCCAACUGCCCUGUCUGUCCAUCCUGCUUCUUCUCGAUCGAUGCAGAGCUGCAGAACAUCACACACACUCUGCACCGCCUCACACACACACUGCCCCCCCAAAUCCCCACACACACACUUCAGCGCAUCACAGACGCGCGGCUAACACUUCAGCGGAUCUCCAAUACCCUGCAUCAGCUCCCUAUCAACAAAGACCUAGACAACUAUACACUCCGUUUACACACACUGCGCUCUGACUUGGAGAAGGUGAAGGAGGAUCUGAGGAAUGCAGGUAUAGUUUAUACUCCAGAUCUGGAGGUGGAGCUGCGCAGACUUCAGGACCAGCUCUCUGAACUUCACCUGGUUUACAACGCCAAGGAACAAGCAGCAAAACACUUCAAUGGCUCGAACUAUGCUGGAGUCCUGGAUGCUGUUAAAAAUGCCUACAACAGAUCCACAGAUGCUGUGAAGCGUGCAGACAGAACAGCAGACACUGUGGAAAGGUCAGCGUCGGUCAGAGACGAUGCCAUUAAAGGCCUACAGAAUGUCCAGCCAAUAAACAUGCAGAACCUGCAGCUGCUCAGUGAGGAUCUGGCAACCCGUCCAGACCUCACACCUACAGCCAAACAAGUGUGUGGCAGUAAGCGUGUGUCACAGUGCACACCGCAGCAGUGUGAGGAUGAGCUGUGUCCAGAAGACGGAACGU